CAUGGCUGAACACUCGUGCUGGCAGAUGUUCCGGAGUCAGAUCUGGUUGUUAUAAAAACGCAAUUUAACUGGCUCACUUGAAUCUGUUAACGGAAACGUUAUCGGACGAUACAGCGUUGACCGUGAUUGAUGUUGUUGUGGCGCCGAGUAGUUAAAUCAUUUUGUACUGGCGGUGUCUAACUGACCCCCCCUACUGACAGCGCUGGUUCAGUCUGGCUCGCCCCCGGUUCGUGCAUUUGUCCCGGGAUGACCUGUUGAUGUCUGUAAAAUAAGAUAAAGUGGGGGUGUCCGAACUAGCACGGAACGGCUACGGAACAUUAACUUAACAUUCCGCGGGGUUAAAAAGUAUGCAGCCGUGCACGGAGAUGAUAUUAAUCCGCCAACCUAUCCGUUGCACCGUUAAAGAUUCCCGAGUGUUGAAACGUUAACUGAGUGGCGUGGCGAACGGGGCAAGCCCUCAUUUCAGCGGUACUGUGUGCUCUCAAACCGGACCCGUCUAGGCCCGAGGAUGUAGGCACGCUCUCUCUCGAUGCGGUGCAUUGGCGAACGCGGGACAACAGAGGCAGAUGUGUACCGUAUUGGCAAACUUGCUCGUUUUAUGUGAUCAUCGGUGCGUCGCGGCGAAUUCCUCACCCGCACUGAACGCGUUUUCUCCGCGCCGUUUGUUGCUCGCUCGCAUGUAGGUGCUGCAUUUCUCAAGGAGUGGGUCAUAGUGAGCGCGUUUGCCAUCAUUCUGCUGCCCCGGCCCGUGCCAGUGGAGAACUCCGGACGGACGGGCAAAUUGACUGACACACGGUUUGCUUGCCGCCGCUAAAGCAUCAUAACACCGCUGCACGGAUUUCUGUGGCGGUGCUGGCCAUAGCGCCAUGGCUCAGACCCUUCAGAUGGCGAUCCCAAACUUUGGCAACAAUGUCCUGGAGUGUCUGAAUGAGCAGCGUCUGCAGGGACUGUACUGUGACGUCUCGGUGGUGGUAAAAGGCCACACCUUCAAAGCUCACCGCGCCGUGUUGGCCGCCAGCAGCUCCUACUUCCGUGACCUCUUCAACAGCAGCGCGGGCAGUAAGACCUCCACUAUGGUGGAGCUGCCCCCGGCCGUUCAGCCCCAGAGCUUUCAACAGAUCCUGGCCUUCUGCUACACCGGCCGCCUUAGCAUGAAUGUAGGCGACCAGUUCCUGCUCAUGUACACGGCCGGCUUCCUCCAGAUCCAGCAGAUCAUGGAGAAGGGCACAGAGUUCUUCUUGAAGGUCAGCUCUCCCAGCUGCGACUCACAGGGCCUUCACACAGAAGAGACACCCCCUUCGGAGCCUCAGAGCCCCGUUACCCAGACGGCCGUUACUCAGACGACUUCUAACGGAGUGGGUGCGGUGGCGGCUAUGGCAGCCAGUCGGCCCACGGCCUGCUUGACGCCGUUGCCUCUGGUGUCUCGGGUGAAGACAGAGCAGCCAGAGGCUUCGCCUUAUUCGGUGGUGUGCACGCCGGUGGCCAAGCGGCUGUGGGAAGGAAGCAAUCGGGAAGGCGGAGGAGGCUCGGGCGGAUCCGCCGGCGGAGGGAUGAGAAAGGCGGCUCGAUUUUCUCAAGAGAUGCCACGUGGAAGCGCCAUCCAGCAGCAAGGAAACAUGGGUCUCGGAAUGGGAACAGGGGGUCACAACGGCGGCAGCACCAAUGGCAAUGGGACAAGCAGCGCCACUCCGGAAGGCACCAGCCCUGGUACUCUGAGCGCCUACGCCAGCGAUUCUCCCAUUUCUUACCACGACGACGAGGAAGAGGAGGAGGGGGUGGACGACGGCACUGAAGAGCAGUACAGGCAGAUCUGCAACAUGUACACCAUGUACAGCAUGCUCAACGUGGGCACUGCAGCGGGUGAGCGUGUGGAAGCCCUCCCCGACCACUCGGAGACGCGGCCCAGGAUGCGCGGGCGACAGGAUCUCGCCUCUCUCCCUGCAGAGCUCAUUGCCCAGAUCGGUAACCGUUGUCAUCCCAAACUGUACGAGGAAGGUGACCCCGCAGAGAAACUGGAGCUAGUUUCAGGCACCAGCGUGUACAUCUCACGAGCUCAGCUGAUGAACUGUCACGUCAGUGCAGGCACCAGACACAAAGUGCUUCUGAGGAGGCUGCUGGCUGCUUUUUUUGAUCGGAGCACUCUGGCCAACAGCUGUGGAACCGGCAUCCGUUCCUCCACCAAUGACCCCAGCCGUAAGCCACUGGACAGUCGUGUGUUGCAUGCAGUCAAGUUUUACUGCCAGAACUUUGCCACCAGCUUUAAGGAGAGCGAGAUGAAUGCCAUCGCGGCGGACAUGUGCACAAACGCUCGGCGCGUGGUAAGGAAGAGCUGGAUCCCUAAACUGAAGCUACUGAUGGCGGAGGGCGACGCCUAUGCCAAUUUCCUUCCUGACAGCAUCAAGAUGGAAGCGGAAGGCAUGGGGGCAGAGCCUACCUAUGAAACGGCGAGCUUGGAGGGAGGCACUCCCGUGGAGACUGGAGGUUCCUCGGGCGAGUCUCUGCAGGGUGUGGGCGGAGACAAUGGCACUUUGUUUCAGUGAGUUGCCCAGCCAAGGAAAGCCCUGCCCCAUCCCCUCUGCCGCCCCACUUCCCACCCACCUCCUACCCUGCUGCGUGACUCUGGGCUCUGCUGCUUCUGCCUGGGAUGGGAAGGGAGAGUCGGGUAGGAGAUUGGAGAAGAUGGCACAGUCUGUAAAGGCUAGUGUAAGGACACAAGGGGUUUAUGAUGGGGCACAAUUUUCUUUUCAAUUGUUUUUGUUUUUGCUGAAUAACCCUUUUUUUGCACAGAAAAAGUUCCCUUUGCCUCCAUGCUCUGCUAUAAAUAUAUAGUCACGAUUCUAAGUACGUAAUUAGGACCAGAAAAGUUUUCGGAUGUCACACAAAUACAAACACUGAGGGUGAGGUUCCCUCAUUUCACUGUACUGAAAUUGAAUGUAUUAGUUUGUAGCAUCUGGCUAAGCGAGACUAGCCGAUUGUAUUUGGCCCGAGAGAGAGAGAGAGAGAGAGAGAGAGAGAGAGAGCAAAUGUGCUUGUCACAAGAUCUAAGGAACAGCAGAUGAAGAAAGCGAGGAGGAAAGGAGAAGCAGGUUGCAUAUUCUGUCUCUCGGUCUGCCUGAAACGGAAAGAAUUUGAUAUCCUCCUCUCCUUUCAUUCCUCUCGAAAGUAUGUGGGAUCUUAUUCUGCCACGUUCUUUGUUUUAUGUCGACAUUUUUCUCCUCUCCCCAUCUGCUUUUGUACUAUGUGUGAUAUAUAAAUCCAGAGUUGAUGAAAGAUGAAAGAACGUAACGGAUAAGAAUAUAUUUAUGGCCUCGCACCUUUGAAGUGCGAGAGAUGGAGGGAUUGUUUUAAAAUCUCAAAUGUAUUUUUUUUUCUCUUUUUGUUUUAAAUGUUUGUGACGAGACACCUUGCUUAGAGGCUUUAAAUGGAAACGGUAGGAAAUGGAAUAUUUUUGCAUAAGGAUUAUCAAAGAUUGGUGCUUGGUUUGACCCUCUUGAACGAUCAUGCCAUCACCGGGCCUGAAUUUGAUUGGUUCAGUCUGUUUGUUGCCAGUUUAGACAUAAAACUUGUGUCUGUUGAUUGGCGCCAUGGCUAACUAAUACAAACUCAAUGACAAAGAACUGGUUGUUUAAUCAGAUGUAGGGAGAUUCAACAUCAAAAAGUCAGAAUGACUUUGUAGGAAGCAAAUACGUUUUUAGAUUUUUUUCUGUUAGUCUUUUAGCUUUCUCCCCCCUCCAACACUUCCACACACAACACACAUUUACAGCCCGGGGGGGAAGGAAAAUUGUGCUUCUUAUUGUUAGUCACCUUACUGUCUUAAGGAUUGGGUCUGACUUUGUGUGUGUUUGGGAGUGGAGGAGGGUUUACAUUUACAUUGCCUGUGUCCCAGGAGAGGAGGUGCAGAAUGAUUAAGCCCCUCUGUGGUGUUGCCCAUCUCCCUGUUUGGGCAGCUGUGUGUGCGCGCAUGUGAGAGAGUGUGUCUGUGCUCGCUUAGGCAAGCAUGUCUGUGUCCGACCAAGUCACCAUCUGUAUACAUUCCUUGCACAUAGUUGGCAGUGUGUGUUUGCAUGUGGGUGAUGUGUUGAUCUGGGGAUUUAAGGUAUGUUUGGUUCAUUGUUUGUGUAUGGGAGGCACAUCCUGUACUGAUGCUUUUAAAGUUAUUCAGCCACCUAUAAGUUGCUAUAACCUGUGAACUUUUGCAUAUGCUCAGAUUUCCAUCAGGAUUUGAAUGGGAUCACAGGUGAUGUCUUAAUGUUCGGUCGGGCAUGGCUUUAAAUGCACAUGCCAGAAAUGUGAUACUUUAGGCUAUUUUAAUAUUUCAUGCCUUAGUUAUCUCAGCCUUUUAGGCUGUGUGUGUGUGUGUGUGUGUGUGUGUUGUAUCUUUGCGUGUUGGGCCACUGAUCUCCUGGGAAGUACAGUAGCUGCCCCCUUUCCUAUAGAGGAUAUUGACCUCUUUGCACCUUUUCGUAGACUGAACUAGAGCUUUUUGCACCUUUUUUGUAGAGGAGAGUGUUGGAUUGUGCACCUUUUUUGUAGAGCGUAUUCGAUGGUUUUUGGACUAAAUUCGUGGAUGUUUAUGCGUCUGGUCUGGAACAGGAUGCACCCCUGUGUACGACCAGCCACGCUGAAUACUGAUGUACAUAUUGAAGAGACUCUUGAACAGAUUUUGACCGUGUUUUUAACAAGCCGUUUGUCUUUUUAAUUGAUGGCUUACAUUAGGUCUUACACCCCUUUUGUUUUAGCUCAUGUUUACUCUUUUUUUUUUUUUAAACUAUUUUAUUUGUAUUAUUUGCAUAACCAAGUCUGGCUUACCUGCUGUUUGUAUAUCUGGGAAUUAUUUGUUUGUUUCAUGAGCUCAUGUCGUAGCAAAUAAAGUGAACUAUGGGCAAGUUUACUUCUUAAAGCAGUCUGGUUCAAGAAAGUGACCUCCGUUUUGGACCAGAAAACAAAAUGCCUCUUUUGCGAAAAUAUAUAACAUUGACAAGCCUACAAAUUCUGCCUUUAAAAAUUUCACACAGAUGUGCAUGCAUCCCUUUUCAUUUACUUUCUAUUCUUUUAACAGACCAAGUGUACUGUAUUUACUUUUAAAAAAUACUACUAAUUCAAGGUGAAAGAGUUGACUUGCCAAGUUUUUUAAGGAUACAAUAUAGAGAUGUUUGCCUGGUGAUCGAGUACUGAGUAUUUUUUCAUUUCUUUGUAUGGACUAAAGUGCUGGGAAGGUGAGGCCAGAGUGAGGGAUAUACUGGUGCUAUGUAUGCUAUUCUUUAGAUGUUAAAGGCCUGCUGGGUCACUGGUGCCUUUUGAGGAGGAUUGUGGGAGACGGAUCGUAUAUGCGUGUGUCUCGGGGUGGGGCGUCGAGUCUCCUCUCGCUGGAUAUGACUGUGCCAUUGUUUAUGCGUCCUCCAUUUUGAUGGCACAGAUCACAUAUGCUGCAUGCAUUGCUGGAGAGGAAACACCGUGUUCAUGCGCCACCUGUUUUCUGUGUGUUGCUACUGCAGCUUAGAUGUACCACUUACAGUCAACACCAGGUGGUGUCAUACCUGAGAAAAAUGACUUCUGGUAGAAUGAUGAAAGAUUUGCUCCUGUUGAGAAGUUCAAGAUGAAGUGUGUAAUUUCUUUCAAUUUAUAAAAUGACUGCAGCUGCUUAGCACAAAACAUUGCUCUGUUUAUUUGAGCAAUAUUCCCUGACCAGUGAGGGGGGACGGGGGUCUGUUUGUGAAAGUUUGGUCACACCGGUGGCACAGAAAAGUAUACACUUCACCUUCAAAAAGUUUUUUUGUCUUUAUUCCCUAUUUUUUUUACUCCCCAGCAUACAAAAGAUUUUUAAGGGAUGUGUAUAGUAGAAACUAAGGGACCAGUGUUGAUCAUAAAAGGCCAGGAUGUUCAUAUCACACUGCCUGUCUGUCUGAUCUCUGUGCCUGAAUAAAGCACCUUUGCAGGGGUUCACGUUCAUAGACCUUCUCCUGGCACCUUGCAAUUCAGUCUGACUGUGUCUCAGAGAGCAGAUAGAUAUCAUAGCAGACGCUUGUGUGGGUGGAGAAAGAGUGUGAGAGUUUAAGUCAAAAAAAAAUUCUUGUAGUACAGUCUGUUGGUGUACCAUGUAUUGUUGGUCAGUGGAAUGAAUGGUCACUAAAGGCGUGAAAGGUUAAAGAGGAGUGUUUAAAAAUCGAAUGAGUAAAUACAUAUAAACAGUGACUGUUCCGUCUAUAAAAGCAGAAAUCGGUCUUGUCUGUUCUGGGGUGACAGGCUGCCUGUAUUUGCAGGUUGUUCUUUGGCUUGCAGAUUUUCUAUGUUUUGUCAACCUAAGCCUCUUUACCCAGAGUGCAGCACUGCUAUUUCAUUCUAAAUAACAGAUAUAUCACGUAAAGAUACUCUCACCUCUUUCUCUGCAUUCUGUUCCAGCCCACCCAACUUUCUGCUUUCAGUCUUCUCCCUGAUAUGAGAAUGGUAAUGAUGAUAACCCAACUUUGCAGAUGUUUUGGAAAAGUAGCGCGACAGCCAGAUAAAUUCACGUCCGGACACGAUAUCACGAAUUACAGAGAAAUACAGACAGGAUGGGGGAUGACUUCAGUUUGCUUGAAAGCUCAAAUCAACAAACUGGUUGUAAACCUUUUUUUACGAUGCAGUGUCUCACUUUCUAUAACUACAUCCCUAUACAAAUCUAUAUACUGUAUAUUACAUAGAAGCACUAAUGAAGUUUGAUUGUUAGUCGUGCACUAUCAGCAUGAGUUGUAAUCCAUACCCAGCUGUGCUCAUGCAGUGACCCUGUAAUGCCAGUGCUCAUCCACUCCAUUCUGUCUGUGUUCAAAGUGCCAAUAACUUUGUGAAUCCCUAACUGUGACCCAAUAUUAUCAAAAGUAAUUGCACAUUAACUACUGUAAAAACAAAAAAAGAGUAAGAGAAAAGUCAAAGGAUACAGCUGAAUAUCUUAAUAAAAGUUUGUAACAAAGGUU